CGUCCUGCUCGCGCGCUCUUGAGGGAGCGGGAUUCUUUUCAGUCCGCUGAAAGCUCAGUUUCACCGGUAUGCUUUAAACUGUGUCUACCUUUGUCUCUGACAACGCCGCGCCAGUUUGAUGGGGAAUUCGAUAUCAGGGCGGGAAAAUGCCUGUUAUGAAGGGAUUGCUCGCGCCGCAGAACACAUUUUUGGAUACUAUAGCGACGCGUUUUGACGGCACACACAGCAACUUCAUCCUGGCCAAUGCACAAGUGUCCAAAGGCUUCCCGAUUGUGUACUGCUCGGAUGGAUUCUGUGAGCUCACUGGAUUUGCCCGAACCGAGGUCAUGCAGCAGAGCUGCGCAUGCAAGUUUCUGUAUGGGCCGGAGACCACCGAGAACAUCAUUCUUCACGUGGACUCUGCGCUCGAGGAACGCAGCGAGCUCAAGGAGGAGAUAAUGUUCUACAAAAAGACUGGUAGUGUGUUCUGGUGUCUGCUGGAUAUUGUGCCUAUCAAGAAUGAGAAAGGAGAUGUUGUCCUCUUCCUCGCCUCUUUUAAAGACGUCACUGACACCAAAGCCAAAUCUAUACUUGAGGAGAAGAAAGAGUGUCGCCGCGAGCAGGUCAAGGGAGGUUCUCCGUUUGGCUCCACUCGGCUGCGAUCUAGCACAGUUCUGUACCACAUUUCAGGACACCUGCACAACCGUCAGAAACAGAGUAAAAUCAAACUUAACAAGAAUGUGUUUGGUGAUCCACCAGCUCUCCCUGAAUAUAAGGUCGCUGAUGCCAAGAAGUCCAAGUUCAUUCUUCUCCACUUCAGCACCUUCAAAGCUGGCUGGGAUUGGCUAAUACUACUGGCUACAUUCUAUGUCGCCGUGACGGUGCCGUACAACGUUUGUUUUAUUGGUGAUCAAGACUUGACACGUAGCACCACCGUCACUGACAUUGCCGUCGAGAUUCUCUUCAUCAUUGACAUCGUGUUCAGUUUCCGCACCACGUACGUGAGUAAGUCGGGGCAGGUGAUCUUCGAUGCGCGGCAGAUCUGCAUCCAUUACAUGACCACCUGGUUUAUCAUCGACCUGGUUGCUGCUCUGCCCUUUGAUCUCCUUUACGCUUUCAAAGUCAGCGUGGUGUCAGUGGUUCAUCUGUUAAAGACCGUGCGCCUGCUGAGACUCCUGCGCCUGCUGCAGAAGAUGGACCGUUACUCCCAGCACAGUACGGUGGUGCUGACCCUGCUCAUGUCCAUGUUUGCACUGCUGGCCCACUGGAUGGCCUGCAUCUGGUACAUCAUCGGCAAGAAGGAGGUGGAGAGCAACGCGGACACCUGGGAUAUAGGUUGGCUUCAUGAGCUCGGGAAGCGGUUGGAGUCUCCAUACGAGGAGGACAUGGGAGCGGUCAACAGAACGCUGAGCAGUGGACCGUCUUUGCGGAGCAUCUACAUUGCAGCGCUGUACUUCACCCUCAGCAGCCUGACCAGCGUGGGCUUCGGAAACGUCUCUGCCAACACAGACGCAGAGAAGAUCUUCUCCAUCUGCACCAUGCUUAUCGGAGCAUUGAUGCAUGCUCUGGUCUUCGGUAACGUGACGGCCAUUAUCCAACGCAUGUACUCGCGCUGGUCCUCUUACCACACGCGCACUAAAGACCUGAAGGACUUCAUCCGUGUGCACCACCUUCCCCAGAGCCUCAAACAGCGAAUGCUGGAGUACUUCCAGACCACCUGGUCUGUCAACAACGGCAUCGACUCCAACGAGCUCUUGAGAGACUUUCCAGAUGAGUUGCGCUCGGACAUCGCAAUGCAUCUGAACAAAGAGAUCCUAGAGCUUUCCGUCUUCUCCUCUCUGAGUCGUGGGUGUCUCCGCUCUCUCUCCUUGCACAUUAAGACGACGUUUUGCGCACCGGGCGAGUAUCUUCUUCGGCAGGGAGAUGCUCUACAGGCUCUUUUCUUUGUCUGCUCUGGCUCCAUGGAGGUGCUAAAGGACAGCAUGGUGUUAGCCAUCCUCGGUAAAGGCGACUUGAUUGGUGCCAACAUGUCAGUUGAUGACCGCGUCAUAAAGACAAACGCUGACGUGAAGGCGCUGACGUACUGUGACCUGCAGUGCAUCAAUCUAAGGGGUCUGUAUGAGGUGCUUGACCUGUAUCCUGAAUACUCCCACCGUUUUGUGCAGGACAUCACGCACGACCUCACCUAUAACCUGAGAGAGGGACAAGAGAGCCACAUGGAGGGGAGGGGAAAUGGAGACGUGAUCCAGUGCUAUCCAUCAAUAGCUGAGCAUCAAGAUGAGGGAGAUGAUGAUGACGACGAUGAUGAUGAAGAUGAUCAGAUACAUUAUCUCAGUGGUGGAACCAAGCAGAAAACGUACUUGCAGAAAAAUGAUCACCAAACCAACAAAAAGCUCCAGUUUCAGCAUACUACUGUUACAAAGCCUGACCUCGCAAAUCUCAGCCCAAGGGUUGUGGACGGCACUGAGGACAGUGAUGGUACAGAAAGUUCCCACACGUUUAUAUUUUCCUCUGGUCAUCAGCACACCAUCAGUGGUGCAACUAAUACCACUGCGACCACAGCAGAUUUAGAAGCUAAAUCGGAGGACACGAGAGGACAGCUUCGCUACCUUAACCAAGAGGUGAGCUCUCUCGGACGGGAGGUGGCUGAGCUGGGACGAGUCAUGCGGAGUCUUGCCUUUCUCAUCGAAUCCAUGAUGGCCUCUCCUCAAACACCCGGUGUCUGUACAUCCACAUUUACCUCGGGACAUCCCUUUCCUCCUAUCCCCUUCCAGGGCCAAGGUUCUUCAUGGGCCAGCCCGCCUUUUCCUUCACCGAUGCACCCUGGAAUACGUCCGGGAGAACUUGUAUCCCUUCCACUCAGGCCACAAGAACUGCAGCUGGUCUGUCCCACCACGUCUCUCAGUUCCUUUCCCAUUACUCUUUCCACAUCCCCCCAUAUGGACAGAUUCAAAGAGCCUUUAUUGGCCCUGUCUCCGCACAGCGCAGUCGCUCGGACCCGCUCGAAGAGCCUGGAGACGCCUCUUCUGCAACAUCAUCAACACAUCUCACACGCCCCUGGAACUUUACCCAGAGCUGGACAGCCAUUGCUGGGAGAAGGGGAGGAUCUCAGGUCCCUGGGUUUGUAGCAAUCAACCUUUAAAACGGACAAGUUCCACUGAAAUCUGCGUGUUGACCUGGACUCAAGACUGGACUGAUAAGAUAAGUGGUACACGCACUGCCAAAGCCAUGGAGCAAUGGUUCCUUCGAAGAUAUACGUGUUUACCAUUUCAGUUUUUAAGAUAAUAUCUUUACCGGCAUGUCUUUCAAUGCUAGAAACUAAAGGGAUAUCUCCAAUCAGGAAAACUACACUA